AUGCCUGAGGAGACCCAGGAAGACACUGUGUUGCCAACGCAGAACCAGAGGAGCAGGGGAACACUGGCUCCUAACCACGUGCAGGAGGUGCGUUUGCAUCGAGUCGAGUCCAUCAGUGACCUACACAGUGGAGGUUCACUACAACCCUAUCUGGCUGAAGAGGCACAGACGUGGGAAGAGCUUCUGGGUGUUUUACCACCAUCACUGUGCACCCAAGCUGGUUGCAGCCCCACGUGUGGCCGUGGGAGCUUCCCACUGCUAUUGGCACUGCUGGUAUUCACCUGCCUGGCACUAGCCAUCCUGGCUGUCUACCUAAGUGUGCUGCAGAGUGAAUCCCUGAGGGUCCUGGCACACACCCUCCGCACACAAGAGGAGACUCUGCUCAAAUUGCGCCUGGCUAGCCUCAGCCAGCUCAGGAGGCUCAACUCCAGCGAAGCUCGGGAUCCCAGCUGAAAUGCCAUUUGUAUGUGAGCCGUGCGGGGGGUGAAGGGACCUUUGGCAGGUCUGUUCUCCCACCGAUGGCUACGUCUACACUACUUCCUUGGUGAGAUUUUUGUACAAGAGCCUGAUGUAACUCAACAGCUGCCCGUCUCUCUUGAACUCUUCAGGCUAGACUUGACCAGGCCUUCUGGUGCCAAAGGCCCUGCUUUGGAUAGCCAAAGGUCAGAGGAUGGGGCACCAGCCUCCUCCUGGCUCCUCCUAUGGCCUGUCAGCACCCUCUGGCCACCCCCAGAUAGGAGAUU